AUGGUGCGAUCGCUCCCCAAGAAAAACAACCCGCUCAUCCUCGCCGCCGAGGCGCCUGCCUACGAGGAGCUUCUGGUGCGUCGCCGCUUGGGCAAAACAAACCUUGCCGUAAAGCCCACCCAGGUCGGCACGUCGAAUGCGACCAAGCCCGAGAACCUUGGGCCAUUUGAAUAUGCCCACUUGCGCGCUCCCUUGCCCAAGGACCUCAAGGGCUCCGAAAUCUUCCCCUCGCACACGCCCCAGCAGCACCCGGAAACGUAUUUUCUGAUGCGUCGGAGCAAGGAUGGCUUUGUUAGUGCCACGGGAAUGUUCAAAAUUGCCUUCCCUUGGGCGCGUUUGGAUGAAGAACGGACUGAGCGCGAAUAUCUGAAAUCUCGCGAGGAGACAAGCGAAGACGAAAUUGCUGGAAACGUGUGGAUCUCACCUAUCCUUGCCCUGGAGCUUGCCAGAGAGUAUCAGAUGUAUGACUGGGUUCGUGCCCUGUUGGAUCCCACGGAUAUCGUGCAAAGCCCGUCCAGCGCAAAGAAACAGAUCACGCCACCUCCCCGAUUUGACCUGCCGCCUAUUGGCACCCCGCCCCAGCUUUCGGCUCCGUCGUUCCGGACCCGAAGCCGCCGAUCUGCUUCCCCCAGCAAGAGGGUUGGUUCCCCGCGCAAGGCUAGACAAACCAAGGCCAUGAAGGAAGCUUCCGCAGCUGCCACUAUUGAAGCCAACGCAAGUCUCCAAUCGUCACUCGAUGCCACGGCGGACCCAGAGCCACUGAAUGGUAUUAUCCAGCCUAGCGUUGAGGUCGACGAGAAGCUGGUUCUCAGCCCCGCCAAAUCGGCAGUCACCCCCAAAAGGCCUAUGGCCACGCCCAGAAUGAAGAAGUCUUCUGCUAAGCCUUCUCGGCGUACGGAAGAACCUGUAGAGGAGAAGGUCAAGGUCGAGAUCAAAGCCAACGCCGAUGUGGAUGCCGACGCAGGUGAUGAUGGCAAGGAUGUCCAAACCGCCCAGACCACCGUCUCAGUCGAGAUGCCUAUCAGUCUCCCUGAGGCUCCUUCAGCAGAGGAUACCGAAAAGAUGAUCGCCCAAGCAAAGGAGAUGGUCCAGGAGGCCGUCAAGCAAACAACAGAGCAGGAACCUGCGGAAUCAUCGGCAGCAGCGGCAGCAGCCAAGAAGCGCAAGACUGAUGCCCUUAGCGAGGACGAAGAGGACGAGGAGACCAAGGCCGCCUCUUCCCAACGCGCAAAGAGGGCUAAGGUUCUUGAGGAGAGACUGAAGCGUGAGCGUGUGAGGAACCGUGCUCUUGUUGGCGUCACGGCUGCUUUUGCAUUUGCGGCCUCUAUUCCCUACUUUUUCUAA